GGGGGGAGGAGGAGGAGGAGCGGCCGGGCUGAGACCAAGGGGACCCGGCAGCGCCGAGCCAGAGAUGAACAAUGACCAUAGUUGACAAAGCAUCUGAGUCCUCCAACCCUUCGGCCUGUCAGAAGCAGCCUUUCGGCUCCCUGGUGCCGGCUUCUGUAGAUAUGGAUGCAGGCGCUGCGGGGUGGGGCGCUGUGUCUUCUCUCGAAGCUCCGAAACACAAGAUCUCCUUGGGACCAGUGCCGGGAGCUGCCGUUUAUUCCAAUUCAUCCGUUCCGGAUAAAUCCAAGCCCUCCGCUCAGAAAGAGCCGUCUCUCAGCGAUGGCAUUGCACCACCGCAGAAAGUCCUCUUUCCGGCAGAGAAGGUGUGCCUGAAAUGGCAAAAAACGCACCGGGUGGGAGCUGGUCUCCAGAACCUCGGCAACACGUGUUUCCUAAACUCCGCCCUGCAGUGUCUGACCUACACGGCCCCUCUGGCCAACUACAUGCUCUCCCAUGAACACUCCAAAACCUGUCACGAGCAAGGCUUCUGUAUGAUGUGCACCAUGCAAUCGCAUAUCACCCAAGCCCUUUCCAACUCCGGCAACAUCAUCAAACCGAUGGCCGUCAUCAACGACCUCAGACGGAUAGCAAAGCAUUUCCGGUUCGGAAACCAGGAAGACGCGCACGAAUUCCUUCGCUAUACUGUCGACGCUAUGCAGAAAGCAUGUCUGAACGGAAGCAACAAGUUGGACAGGCACUCACAAGCCACUACACUCAUUUAUCAAAUAUUUGGAGGAUACCUGAGAUCUAGAGUAAAGUGCAUGAACUGCAAAGGGGUUUCCGAUACUUUUGAUCCCUACCUGGAUAUUCCAUUGGAGAUAAAGACAGCUCAAAGUGUUAACAAAGCCCUGGAGCAGUUUGUCAAACCAGAACAACUGGAUGGCGAAAAUGCUUAUAAAUGUAGCAAGUGUAAAAAGAUGGUUCCUGCCUCAAAGAGAUUCACGAUCCAUCGGUCUUCAAAUGUUCUCACCCUGUCCCUGAAACGGUUCGCAAAUUUCAGCGGCGGGAAAAUCACGAAGGAAGUGAAAUAUCCCGAAUAUUUGGAUAUCCGCCCGUACAUGUCCCAGCCAAACGGAGAGCCAAUUAUUUAUGUGUUAUAUGCAGUCCUGGUACACACUGGCUUCAGCUGCCAUGCAGGUCAUUACUACUGCUACAUCAAGGCCAGCAACGGGCAGUGGUACCAGAUGAACGAUUCCAUUGUCUCAAACAGUGACAUACGAUCUGUUCUGAAUCAGCAAGCUUAUGUGCUUUUUUAUAUCAGGUCCCACGAUGUGAAGAACGGCGGCGAACACAUGCAUUCCGCUCACGCCCCUGGGCAGUCUUCUCCCCGGCCAGUGAUCAACCAGCGGGUGGUGAACAAGCAAACGGCACCAGGUUUUAUUGGGCCGCAGCUCCCGCCACACCUGAUGAAGAAUACAAAUCACCUGAAUGGAACUGGAUCACUGAAGGAAACGCCCAGCAGUUCUGUGGCCAGCCCUAGUAAUGUGCCCCUCAACAGACCGUCCUCCGCCCCCCAGGCCACCUCCCUCCCAAACUGGACGAUUAACAGGCCGCCGGCGACGACCACUCCUGACCCUUCGAAAAAGCAGAAAAUAACCAUCAGUAUUAACAAGCUGUCCGCUCGCCAAACCACCUCUCACAACAGCUGCUUGGCGGAGAACCCCAGCAAGCCGGCCCCAUCCUCAACUGUUUCCAACCCUUCCGCGGUGCAGUCUACCUCAAGCGCGUCCGCCGUCUCGGCUGCUAACAGGACUCCCAAGCCGCCACCGCCCCCCGGCGAAACGUGUUCCACACCAGUGGUGAACGGCAAGCCCAAGCUGAACCCGAGCACCUUGGUCCCGUACGGAGCUGAAUCUUCGGAAGACUCCGAUGAGGAGCCCAAGGGGCUGGUGAUGGAAAAUGGCCACUCCAAGCCUUUCAACGGCAUCCCGACAGGAAGCGCGGCUGGUGCAUCGGAAAGCUCUUGUGCAUCCUGUCACAGUGCUGAAGAGGAGGUGGCGCCACCGCCACGCGAGCCACCCAAAAACGUCGCUGUCAAUGGUGCUAUUAGUGUCGAUGAGGCUCCGAAAGAAAACGGGCUGCCCCCCGAGGAAGCCGCUUGCCAAGUCAAGCCGGUGAAAUCUGCAGAAAAUCCAUUCUCGAAAGCCAACGGAUUGCAUGGGAAAGGACCACCCACCGCUUUGCCCCCGGUCCCCGAAGACAGGGUCUUGGACUCCUUCAGAUACAAUCAACUGAAAACAUCACCAGAAGAAACAAGUGCAAGCGGAAAAGAGAAAACCUCUGAAGAGGACAGCUGUUUGGAAUCCUCGGGCGAUGCUGGUAAGAGAAUUCCCUGCGACAAGGCUGUCAAGAUCCUCACCAACCUUCUCGGCAGCGUCCAGGAUCCCCCAGCUCCUUCCGACCCCGUUUCUACCAAAGUCGACUCCUGUGAAAGUGUUGCUGCAGAAACGCUAAACUCGCAUCUCGAUAGCAGCGGGCAGUGUGACCCUCCGUUAAAGUCCCUUGAAGCAGAAGUGGAAUUCCCUAUAGAAGGUGACCCAGAGGAUCACCCAGCAAAAACAAGAGGACCAAAAGAAGGGUCCGCUACUUUGAAAAAGAGCCCCGUGCACGUCAGAGGGACCCCUGAGGAAGUAGAAAAACCAGCUCAGAGCCCUUUUGGAAAGUCUGAUGCCGAGUGCCGUCCCAUCAAGGCAGUUGCUCUGAAUGGGGUAGAGAAAAGCCAAGAAGCGCAGAACAGCGUGAAGAAUGCUGUGGACGCCCCACUUCCGGAGGAGGCUUCCACCACCAGGCUUGACACGGGCACAGGGAACCAGAGUCCGAAGGACGGGGAUGGGCACGAAGGUCUCGGAGAAAACGCGGAAAGGCCGGAGCCAAAGCCCCAUUCCCCGCUGAAGGAGAAAGUUUGCUCUUCCAAAAAAACGGACAGAGAGCACUACCGCGGCAAGAGGGAGUGCUCGGAAAGCGAAGAGCGGGAGGCCAGCCACGGCCAGAUGGACGGGCAUCACCACAAGAAAAGGCGUUCCUACAGCAGAGAGCAAACGAAGCAGGAGUAUUCGAGAAGAGAGUACUACAAUGGAAACAAGUACCGGUUCCCCUCGAGCCCUGAACCUGGGCGAAGUUUAGGGAAGUACCCGCAUUCCAGAUCUCGCAGUAGAGGGAAAACAGAUCUCGAAAGGAGCCGGUAUUGCCCCUGGAAAGGGGAGCCAUCGUGGGGCAGAAUGAAUUAUCAUCAAGAUACCCCAAGGAGAUGGGAAAAAUACCGACCCAACAACUACUAUUAUUCUUCCCACAUAGCGAGGAGAAGCCAGGAUAGAAAAUUCUGUCAUGAUGAGAGGGACUAUAGCAAAUCAAGUCACAUUUACAGUAAACCGUAUAGAGAUUAUUCUCACAAAAGCAGAUGGACUUACGACCCAGCAGCGAAGGAAAGAGAGAGAUACCAUGACGGCAGUUCGAAAGCGGACGUGUACCGCUGUCCAGUUCCCUCCCAGCACCCGGAGAAAUAUCCCCACGGGAGAGAGGUGCCCCUGGCGGAGGAGCACGGUUUGCAUCCAGCAGCUGAACAUCUGAAGGAGAGGAAAAGGAAAUCCCCCAGUCUGGAGGGCAGCGACAGCAACCCCGAAAAGAAAUGCCGGCGGAGCUCGCCAAGUGAACCUCUUGAGGAGCAGAAAAGCCGAAAGCGCAAGAAGUCAAAGAAGAAGAAAAAGUCAAAAGAUAAACACAGAGAGCGAGAUUACAGGCAUCACCAGGACUUGGAUCCCUCCGCGUCGGGCUCCGAGGCGGAGGCCCACAAACACAAGAAGAAGAAGAAGAAAAAGAAGAAGCGUGCCAAAAGAUCGGAAAGCUGCGACGGGCCUCUGGCGCCCCGCCUCCCGAAGCCGACCGGCGCGGAAGCCGGCGGCCUCAAGACUUGGGAUAUGGCCAAAGCAUUAUCGGGGGAUUGUCAGAAAAGCGGCGGCCAGCCCCGAGACGGAGCGGCUGCGGCCUGCUGGAAAUCAAAAUGUGUAGAAGGUGGAGACACAGGAGGCUACUGCUUCACUACAGAUCACCAUGUUGCUGCUACGGAGGCACCUUUUCAUAAAGACCGCAGCUGGACAGUCCCUAAGUCUUCAAACAAUGACUUUCCAUAUAAAGAGGAAACAAGAUGGUAA